AUGAAUUCGAUCAUGUCGCUGUCGAAUACGAGCGAACGCACGAACAUCUUCGCUUCGUUGAAUAUGUUCGGCGGUGUGCCUUCAACGACAGCGAGUAAUAAUCGUCUGGAAGAGGCUGAUGCGAAUGCCGAGGGUGAAGGCAAAGUGAAGAAUAGACUGCUCUCAAUGUGGAACAAUGUCAAAUAUGUUGUCAUUCCAGGCAUGAAACUGAAAACGAAUUUCUCCAAAGAAUCUCCAGUGUGGCUGCUUGGCAAGUGCUAUCAUCGCAAAGAGAGUCCUGAUGUUACAGAAAUGGGCACAGAUGUUGCUGCAUUUACAAGUCAAGCAAAUUUAUCAGCUGAUGAAGACGAAGGUCUCGAGGGCUUCAAAGCGGACUUUGUCAGCCGGGUGUGGAUGACGUAUCGGCGUGAAUUUCCGUUUUUGAACGGAUCGAAUUUCACCAGCGAUUGCGGAUGGGGAUGUAUGAUUCGCAGUGGGCAAAUGCUCCUGGCACAAGCAUUAGUCAAUCACUUUUUAGGCAGAGGCUGGCGAUGGAACUCUGAUGGAUUAUUUGAAUCCAGUGAAGAAGCAGGCAAAGAACUGACACAUCGCAAAAUCAUUAAAUGGUUUGGCGAUAAACAAAGCCGCGUGAGCCCGUUUUCACUGCAUUCCUUAGUGGGACUCGGUGAGAGUUCCGGAAAAAAAGCUGGAGAUUGGUAUGGGCCUGGAGCUGUCGCUCAUAUUCUGAAACAAGCUGUCAAAGUCGCCACCGAACUCAAUCAAGAGUUUGAAAGUUUUACCGUUUGUGUGGCGCAGGAUUGCGCGGUGUAUACACAGGAUAUUUUCGAUGAGUGCGACUUGCCUGAUAAAUGGAAGGCGUUGAUAUUAUUAGUGCCUAUGCGGCUGGGCGCUGAAAAGUUUAAUCCGAUCUACGCGCCUGCAUUGACAGCACUUUUGACUCUGGAGCAGUGUAUUGGUAUUAUUGGCGGGCGACCAAAACAUUCGCUGUAUUUCGUCGGUUAUCAGGACGAUAAACUGAUACAUCUCGAUCCACAUUAUUGCCAGGAAGUGGUGCCCGUCUGGAGCGACAAUUUCUCUCUGAAUAGUUUCCAUUGUCGAUCACCACGCAAGUUACACAUUAGCAAAUUGGACCCGUCGUGUUGUGUGGGGUUUUAUUGUGCGACAAAAGCAGACUUUUUAUCUCUCAUUGAACUCGUGAAGACUACAAUUAAUGCCGCCACGCGGUCGACUGCAAAUGGCAUGGAGUAUCCAAUGUUUGUGUUUUGUGACGGGCAUUCGAAGGAUUCAAGGAUGUCGCCGCGAAGGUAUUCGAUACCGCCGGAUAUGGAGUAUAGCACUGAUAGUCUUGACAAUGACUAUGUCGAAACGGAAGAGUUUGAGGUGUUAUAACCUUCAAUCUCGUGCACGUGCACAUUUGUGUGGGGUUUGUUAGCUCUAGAAAGACACUUGGCCAUUGUUAUUUAUUUAUUGUCCUUUAUUGACACAUUUCGAUGGUUGCGAACAACCAUCUCUUCUCAUUGUGAUCAUCUGCAUCAAAAUUGAUUUCGGGCAUGUUUCAUACGUGCUGCUGCUCAUCAAAUGGGCUGUUUCCUAGUAAAAACUCUCUUAUUUAUUCAACGUUGUACAAUGUAAUUAAAAAAGACUUUAAAAUAUUAAUGUGCGCUUAAGUGA